GACACCUGUUUAUCCAAUGGAAAAGUUAGUGGCAGGGAAGCUUACCCUGCAUAAAACAUGCUUCUGCUGUAAGCACUGCCAAAAGAAGCUGAGGUGAGAGAUACAGAUGGAUCAAAAAUCAAAUAAAAGACAUUUUAAAAAUCAUACAAUCACAGAUCCAAUCAUCACCUAAAUUGUGUUCCAUAUGAUACAAUCAUAAAACUCUAUGGUCAAAUCAAUUAACACAAUUACUAAAAGUGUGUUAAUGUGUAAUUAAUUAUGGAAAACAAAUGAACAAAUAACCAGACAAAGAAGCAUACACUUUUGAUUUCCAAGCCAAAUCAACAAUGCUAUGUGUGUGUAUCAGACAAUCCAUAGUGGAAUGCCUCUUUUUCUUUCAUUGCAGUAUUCAGAAUUACACAGCACUCUAUGGCGAGUUCUAUUGCACAUCCCACUAUCAGCAGCUGUUCAAGCGGAAAGGGAACUAUGAUGAGGGCUUUGGCCACAAGCAACACAAGGACCGCUGGCUCCUGAAGACAGAACCCGCCACACCUGAGAUCAACGCGGGCCGGGGAAGCCUGUCUAAAAACAAGGCGGUUCCCAACAACACCUCCGUGCCGCCACCCGCUGGUAGUAUUGGUUCAACACCAAGAGGCAGGGACGCCAGUAGGCAGGAAAUGUUGUCUGACACCAAGGUGACUCCCAACAGUAAGGUGACGUCUACAAUUAGCUCUGUGGCACACCCUAGUGGUAGCCUGGGUUCACCGCAGAGGGGCCAGGAAACGCAGAGCCAGGGCAGUGAUGACAGCAAGAGCAAGCUGCAAGUAAGUUGGCCCCCUGAGAAAAAGGGUCCAAGAAGCAUCUCAACUGGGCGAGAAAACUCACCAAGCAUACAGCACAAGGCUGUUGACAAACAAGAUCGCAGCACUUUGUUUCAGCAUAAAAAUGAGCAAGUGCCACAAUUCCCAAAUAAGUUGCAUCACUCUGAGGUUGCCAAAAAGGACCCAUUUUCACCUGUUAGAAAGAAUGACGCAUCCCCUCUUCCUCCUGUGAGAACUGGAGUAACGGCAAGGAGAGCACAGUUUGAUACUGAAGCUGCGACACACUCACCAAAAAUUAAAUCUCCAUGGAAACACACAAACAGUAGUCACACAAGCUCCCCUUCUCCAACAGCCAGAGGCCCGCUUAAUUAUUCAGCUCCCUUCAAGUCAAAGACACAAAAUAUUGUGUCCCAUGAAAAAAUACAAGGUCCUCCAGAGCGAGUGAAGAAAACCGUCAGAUUUGCAUCCGCCGUAGAAACGUCAGGAAUUGAAUACAGUGAAGAUCAGGUGUCCGAUACAGAAAGCGAACAGAAUGAUGUGUUCUCUGACAAAGAUCCCCUUGACGGCCCCAUCAUGGCUGUUAGUACAGAUUUGCACGCUGAACAGCCAGACGAUCUAGAGGAAGACCAGACUGCCAACCCCUACGGCACCUUACGUAGUAAUAACAUACAAGUGUUUGAUGAAGGAAACCAGCAGGUGUUGAGGUCAGCCAGUCAUGAUGCUUUUAGUAACCCUGAUGAUGACGGGGGCAGUGAGGAGUCUGAGUUAGUUACAGACAGGAGGGGGAAGAUGGAUGAGGAAAUAGUCAUGCCCAGUGUCAACGAGUCAGACUAUUUGACUACUCACAGUGAAGUAGAGAUGCAUUCAAGCGAUCCAAAAGAGGACACUAGUACAUUAGUGUCUUCUGAGAAAAGGGAAACAGACUCGCCAAUCAAAGAAAUACAAAGUGGUGAACUGCCACCUGUUACUGUGAAGGAACAAGGAAGUAAGGACGGCGUGGCAGCAGUAGGAUCUGGGGUUUCUAAUGGCCAGUCGGUGGCUGUCGAGCAACCCAAUACAGCUAAAGAGAAACAGGAAAAGACCAGUGCUCCCAAAGGAUCGUGGUCCAAGGGCAAGAGUCCCCUCUCAAAACUUUUUUCCCCAGGCGCAAAAGAUAAGGUAACAAAGAAUGAGCGUGCAGACAACAAAAAGUCUGACAGUAAGCCCAAAAACAUCCUUGGCAAAUUGUUCCAGACCUCGUCAGACACUAAAAAAGAGCAAGACCCCAAACUUGCUGUUGUUGCUACAGAGAAAAACAAAGCCAAUGAAAAUGGCCCAGCACAAGAGAAGGAAAAUGAAUCAAACACCCCACCAGCUCUGCUUACCACUGAGGACCACAGUGUUGUAGAACUGUCCUCAGCAACCCAGAACAGUCCAAAGAAAGAAAAUGACCCACUUUUAAAUGAUUUCAUGCACCAGCCAGACAGGGCAGAUCAUACUGAUGUUGUCUCCUCAGAUCUAGAUAGACCUUUGCCUAAGGAGGAGAUGCCUAAUAACAUGGCGGCCUUGGCAGAUGUCUCAACUUUAGGGAUGACAACAGCUGACACAAAGAUGGAGGAACCAUCAGCAGUGGUUGAUGAUUUGUUCGGGCAAGAGCAAAUGGGGCAAUUUGGUCCAGGAGAUAACGUGAGCUCUGACCUAUUCGCGACACCGACUUCAAAGGAAGAGGAUGUGUCAGGUGACAUUCUGGGAGGGCUGUCCUCUGAGUCCUUUGGGGCGCCCUCAGGUGACCCCUUUGGUAUCUCCAGCACUUCUACACCGGGGGAUCAACUGGACAUAUUCAGCAUGACUGACACACCGGUCACCUCAGACCAAAGCACACCUCAGCCACCUCAGAUGUUCGAUUUCAUGAUGGAUUCCAAAGAACCUACCUCUCAACAGGAUGCCUUUGACAUAUUCAGCUCUGAUACCAUUCCAAUGCAGUCUGGUCCUGCGGUUAAAGAGCUAAAAGAGGGGGAUGGAUCAAACCUUUUUCUCAGCCCUCUCUCUGAUGACCCGUUUGGAGCCGCACCCCUUGCCCUAGACACUGAUUCUGCUCUGGGCGAGGUCCAGUCCAUGGGUGAUCCUCUCUCUGAUGACCCGUUUGGAGCCGCACCCCUUGCUGCUGACACUGGCUCUGCUCUGGGUGAUGUCCAGUCCAUGGGUGAUCCCUUCAAUAGCUUUAUGGGCCUAGAUAAGGGAACUACACAGCCUCCUAUAAUGCAAGAUGGCCUACUCACUGGUGACAUGUUCUCCUCCAGCGCCCCCAGUGUUCCCCAGGUUUCAGGUGAUUUAGUGGGUGGGUUGUUGGAUCCCAUCAAUGCGAGCUCAACUGCGGAAACUACAGAAGGUGGAACUGCCGCUAACUGGAUGGAUGACUUUCUGAGUUGAUGUCAACAAGGUUGACAUAUUAAUUUACUUUAGUCAUGGCAUACUUAUUUCUGUACCAAGGGGUUUUUGUAUGUAUUUUGGGGAGAGCCUGCUAAAUGCAAUCCACUUUCUCAAUAUCACAUCAUUAUAUCACAUAAUUUUGUCACUAAGAUCAUAUUUCCUGACGCUGUUGAAAUGAAUGUUUUUGCAGAGUACACAAUUUUGACAUGGUUUUCAACAAACUGUCUAUUUUUUUCAAUUUACAUUUAACCAUAUCGUGACCAAUCAAGACAGGCAACAAUCUUACUUUUAACACAAUGUGAUGUACAGAAAUAUUCAGUAAAACGCUUACAGCAAUAAAUAUCAAUGUGUUGUGAAUAACAAAUAAUUCUCUAUAUAUAUUCUAUAAUUCAAAGCUGAUAACACAUGUAUCUUCUGGACUAAAAAUAAAAAGGGAAUGUGGCAUACACAUCUUCAAUAAACAAAAUUCUGACAAAGAUGGAACAUUGUUUUAUCAUACUUUACAAAGACACUUAUCAAAGCCAAUUAAUUAUUUAGUUUCCCUUUAUGACCAUUUUGUCUAUUGUAGUAUUGUGGCAAACCACACAUCUUUCACGAAUCUGCAUAUGUGUGCUACUAUUCUGUAAUAUACCUGAAUAUCAGGUUCAUCAAUAGUACAGAUACGUGUAUAUGGACUAGAGCUGUACAUUUGGAGCUAUAAUUAUUUUACCUGAAUCUACACAGAUUGAGGUGAUAGUAAUACUUUACAUGAAGUCCAUAUUAAAAGCAUGAUAGUCAAAUAAAUCAGGUUAUCAGGUUAGAUCAGAUUAUUAUGGAUAACCACAAAAUAACCAGCCGUACCCUUUGGUAUUUUCAUUAAAAAGAAAUAUUAAGUGCCAGCUUGCAUGCUCUGCUCACCAGUCUCCACAAAGGGGAUAGCUGGUCUUGCCAGUUAAUUCAAAGUACAUAGGACUAUAAAUCAUUUACCAACUACAUUUGGCCAGAAAUUAACCCCAGUAGUACUAGUUUCACAUUGUGCUCCUGGUAUUUUUGUAAACAUCAACUGAUCUAGUGGAUGAAUUUCACAUACCGUAGCUAUGCUCAAGACACUAAAGAGGGGUGUGUUUCCACAGCUGUGUGGACAAUAAUAUGGGCUUUAUAAUCCAGAGAAACCAUAUUACCAGGGUUAAGCGGUCAAAUUAGGGUGACCAGAUUUUUGUAGUCUUUCCCCCCCAGGAAAAUUUUUAUUUUUUAGAUGCAAUUUCCUGCAUUUUAAUCAAUUUUAGAGGGAGGAAUGACCAAUCGCAACUGACUCCUUCAGACUUUCUAUACAAGCGCUGGCUGCCAUUAAUUGUGGCAGAUAAACAUGUAAACAUUUUCCAUAUAUUUACCCUGAUAGACAUGGCGCAAUGUAGUGGGUGGCCAAAACCGGGACAUAUUUGUGUCCCGAGAGGGUUUGCUCGGGACCUGGGACACACAACUUCAAACCGGGACUGUCCCGGUCAAACCGGGAUGUCUGGUCACCCUAGGUCAAAUACAUUUAAAAAAAAAACAGAGACCUUCUUUACUUUUUUAGCUUGUCAAACCUGGAACACAAUUCCCAGUAAAAUUAGAGAACU